AUGGCCUCCACCGAAGUCGCCGACCCGGAGCUCGUCCGUCCCACGACGGCGCCGGGCAAGAAGUCCUUCCAGGAAGUCGAGCGCUCCAUCUCCCACGAGAAGGCCGACCACCAGCGCCUCGAGAAUGUCGACAAUGAACUGUCCAAAUACGUCGGCGACGGCUCCGUCACCGUCUCCCGAGAACGCAGCGACCAGCUGCGCAAGAUGAUCGACCGCCGCGUCUUGGUCAUCAUGAUCGGUACCUACUUCCUCCAGGCCAUCGACAAGGGCACCAUGUCCUUUGCCUCCAUCAUGGGUCUCCAGGAGGACACCCACCUCAAGGGCCAAGAGUUCUCCUGGCUGACGACCUGUAUCUACAUCGCCAUCCUGGUCGUCGAGUACCCUCAGAACUACAUCAUCGCCCGCGUCCCCAUCGCAAAGUACCUCAGCUUCUCCAUCAUCGCAUGGGGCGCCGUGCUGGCGUGUCACGCAGCCUGCACCAACUUCACUGGUCUCGUUAUCGUCCGUACCCUUCUUGGUAUCUUUGAAUCUGCUUGUCAACCUGCUUUCGUUAUUCUCUCUUCGAUGUGGUACCGUCGUGAGGAGCAGGCGUCUCGUGUUACCUACUGGUACAUGAUGAACGGCGCCCAGCAGGUCGUCGGUGGUCUCCUCGCCUACUGCUUCACUCACAUCAAUGGUGGCCCGCUCAAGUCCUGGCAGUGGCUGUUCCUGGCCUACGGUGUCAUCUCCGUCAUCUUCGGUGUCUUCGUCCUCUUCUGGAUGCCCGACUCCCCCAUGCGUGCCAAGUGCUACUCUGAGGAGGUCAAGCGCGAGAUGGUUGAGCGUGUCCGUGACAACCAGACCGGCAUCCAGAACAAAACCUUCAAGCGCGAGCAGGCAAUCGAGGCCCUCAAGGAUCCCCAGGUUUGGGGUUACUCCCUCAUUGCCUUAUGCACCACUCUGCCCACCUCUGGUCUUGGUGCCUUUGCCAACAUCAUUAUCAAGAGCUUUGGUUUCAACACUCUCCAGGUCCAGCUGCUCGCCAUGGUUCUCGGUUUCUACAUCAUCUUCGUCCUUCUCGGCUCCGUUUGGUUGGUCAAGAAGUUCAACCAGAACCUCUACGUUAUGCUCGGCUUUUGUCUUCCUUCUGUCGUUGGCACUAUUCUCCUCAUGACGGUCCCCAACAACACGUUCUCCCAGCGCGUUGGUCUGCUCAUCUGCUACUACAUCACCCUGUCCUUCUGGUCUGCCCAGACUCUCGCUCUAUCUCUCAUCUCCCGAAACAUUGCCGGCCAAACCAAGAAGCAGUUCGCUGUCGCCAUCAACUUCAUCGUCUGGUCUGCUGGUAACGCCAUCGGCCCUCAGGUCUUCCUCAAGUGGGACGGUCCCCGCUACUUCAUCGCCUUCGCCACCCACUUGGGCUGCUACGCGCUGCUCAUCAUCAUUAUCAUCGCCCUCCGCAUCUACCUUUCCCGCGAGAACAAGAAGAGAGACGAGAUGGUCGCUGCCGGUAUCGCAGAGGCUUCUCCCGAGUACACUGCUCACUCCUUCGAGGACAUGACCGACAAGGAGAACUUGUCUUUCCGCUAUGUAUUCUAG